CACGAUGCAACACUGCUAAAAAACCCACGGCCAAACGUGCUCGGCGUUCAGAACGGACACUGAAGGAAGGAACUGCCGUCAGACCGGAUUCACAUCGGAAGAUUGGCACAGAUUUCUUGAGCUUGUCAAUCAAUCAUGACUGUCUAAUUCGUGAUUGGACUUUGAUAAGCUUGGCUCAAGGAUCAGUUCUGGCCCAGGUUUCGGUUCGGACUGUCCAUGAUGGCAGGCAACAAGGUUGCCAAGGACUUCGUUGUGAACAAGGUGGUGUUGGUGAUUGGGGAGACAGGGGUGGGAAAGUCUACAAUCCUCAACAUGCUCUACAAUGAUGACCACAGCGUUUCCUCUUGCAAAGAGCCACAAAAGACCGGCAGCACCGCAGGUUCGGUCACCAAAGCCUCAACUUGCAGCUGGACAUGAACCGUGGAUGGGCCUUGUUGGACACAGUGGGUGUCGGAGAUCCAGAGCUAGGCCAGGAGCAAAUUCUGGGCAACAUCCGGAAUUUGAUCAAGCACACGUCAAAAGGGGUGCACUCCGUGGUGGUUGUGAUGAAGAUGGGCCGUGCAAGCAACGCAUCUCGGGCCAAUGCCCAUGUCUUGAACCACCUCUUCCGUGAUGCGGACAUCUUGUCUCAGGGCGUCUUGGUUCUCACACAUUGGGAAGGAGAAUUGGGAAACGAGGACAAUGAUCUGGAGGAAUGGCUCAAAGGUGAUGAAGAAAUGACGGCUUAUUGCAGGAGCUUUGCCAAAGUUAUCCUCACCAACAACCAGCUUCAGGGGCGAGGGGCAUACCCAGAGUGCAGGGAAAAGUGCUUGGAACAACUGCGCCAGCAUGUUGAAACUCAAACCGACAAGAUCAAGGCAAAGCCUGUGACCUUCUGGGAUGUCGUCAAGUCCCUCUUGGAACGUUUUGGCGACAAGUUGUGGGGCGGCGCGCUGUCGAUGAAGAGCUUUGUGCUGGGUUGUGGCUCUGCAGAUGUACCAACAUACUGCGGCGAUUGCUCAGUUUGUCUUCAACCAAUGGAACUUGCGCAUGCAUGCAAGCUGGCGUGCAAUCACACGUUCCAUGGCAAGUGUGUGGACGGCCAAGAAUUUUGCCCCUUAUGCCGUGCUUCAGCAGCAACAGUGUGGCAAUUCUGCUUUUGAAGUAGCAAAUGAGAAAGCCUUCCGGAGUGCUGGCAUUUUCUCAUUUAUAAAAGGUCGGGAAGAGAUGAGGCUUAGCCAAGCACGAGUUAAAA